AUGGAUGGUAUUUUUUUGUUGUUCAUUCAACAAUGGCUCACCAUUACAUGCCACCUUUUCUUCUUCUUUCUUCUUCUGUUUUCUGUCAAUUCGGCUGUUUCAUCGUUUCAGCAACGACCCAAGAUCAGCGGUGUUGAUCUGGCGGCGCUGUCAGUCAUUAAAGACAGCCUGACAGACAUUCCAGGCUCAAGAUUCUUCUCCACUUGGGACUUCUCCUCACCGGAUCCUUGCUCCUCAUUCACCGGCGUCACGUGCGGUUUCGACGGUCGAGUCACCGUUCUCUCUCUCGGCACUGGCCUUUCCGUCUCCCCAGGGCUCGCCGGUUCACUCUCCCCUGCUCUUUCCAAUCUGACACAGUUAACCCAGCUCAUCCUCUUCCCUGGCCUCGUCACCGGUCCUAUCCCUCCUCAACUGGGUCAACUCACUGGUCUUCGAGUCAUUUCCUUGACCAACAACCGCUUAACGGGACCCCUACCAUCCUCCUUUUCCAGUCUCCCAUUCUUACACACACUGGAUCUUAGUUCAAACCGGCUCACCGGGUCCAUUCCACCGGCUCUCACAAAGCUUCCAUCCUUAAAAGUCCUGGUGCUGAGUUCGAACGAACUAACUGGCGAGUUACCAGCAACAAUGUCGGCGCAGCUAUUACACUUGGAUUUGAGAAAGAACAAGAUCAAGGGACCGUUGCCAGGGCUGCCGUCAACCCUCCGUUACUUGUCCGUAUCGGAGAACUCGAUGUGGGGUCCACUCAACGCCCUGGAUUCACUAUCCGAAUUAGUGUACCUCGACGUUAGCAUGAACCAGUUCAGUGGGCCCGUCCCCACUUCUCUCUUCUUUAAUCCCUCUCUCACCUCACUGUUCCUCCAACGGAACAAUUUAUCGGGUGGGCUCCCAUCGAUCAAGGUGGACCCCUCGGUCCAAUCCUACGGCGGCGAGGGAUCCGUUGUGGACCUGAGCCAUAACUCCAUCACGGGGGAGAUCACACCGUGGUUGGCUGGGGUGGAGACUCUCUACUUGAACAACAACCGUCUGAUGGGAUCGGUCCCGGAGGAGUACAUUAAGAGCGUGUACGACGGCACCACCACAACAUUGUACCUACAGCAUAACUACUUAUCUGGAUUCCCAUUAACUCAAGGCUUCACACUGCCUGAUACGGUGUCGUUGUGCUUGUCCUACAAUUGCAUGGAGCCGGAGGUUGGGAUAUUAGCCUGCCCGGUCAGUGCCGGAAGGCAGCCAUCAAGGCCGCAAUCGCAGUGUUCAGUAUUUAGCCAUCGCGGCUCAUCGGACUGAUAAUGGAAUUGGUGUAUAUGGUUAAACAGUUGUAAGCAACAUUAGUGUGUAACUUGUAUUACUACUAUACUAUCUUAUUCGUUUUUGUU